GAUGGCACUUUUUCUGACUAUAACCUGUUUAAGAGCUCUGUUCUUUGAGCUGCCGCCGGACAUUGCUCUCAGCCACCACCACCUUUGCUCGCCGGCCAUCAGUAAGCUAGAGUCACGCCCUCCUCCUCCCCGCUCCUCUCCACGCGAGCCGAGAAUCACCUCGCCGAUGCAGCCGACAGGCCGCGAAAUGCACGGCGGCGCCGGCGGCGGACAGGACGACUUCUUCGACCAGAUGCUGUCUGCGCUGCCGACGGCGUGGGCCGAGCUCGGCUCCGGCAAGUCCCCCUGGGAUCUCCCGAGCGCCGGUGGAGGCGGCGAAGGCGACCCAGCGUUCGACGAGUCCGCGCUCCUCGCCUCCCGCCUCCGCCACCACCAGAUCAGCGGCGGCGCCGCCGCCGCCGGCGGGUUCCUGCCUCUGCCGCUGUUCACGGACCGGUCGCGGGAGGACUUGCAGGGAGCUAGCCAGGCGCUGUACGACGGGUUCGGCGCCGCCGGAAUGCAUGGCGCCGCGCAGCAGCCGUUCGGGCAGGCCGGAUCAAUGCCGGCGCCACCACCGCCGGCGGCGCAGGGCGGAGCGGCCGCGCCACCGCGGCAGCGCCAGCGGGCGAGGAGGGGGCAGGCCACGGACCCUCACAGCAUCGCCGAACGUCUCCGGAGGGAGAGGAUAGCGGAGAGGAUGAAGGCGUUGCAGGAGCUGGUCCCGAACGCCAACAAGACCGACAAGGCAACGAUGCUCGACGAGAUCAUUGAUUAUGUGAAGUUCCUCCAGCUCCAAGUCAAGGUUCUCAGCAUGAGCCGAUUAGGCGGAGCUGCUGCAGUUGCCCCUCUGGUUGCUAGCAUGUCAUCAGAGGGCAACGGAAAUGGAAAUGGGACCAGCAGCAGUGGAGACGACAAUGCCACCGACGACAAUGGUGGCAGCACCUUGCAAGCGACGGAGCAGCAAGUAGCAAGGUUGAUGGAGGAGGACAUGGGAAUUGCGAUGCAGUACCUGCAGGGCAAGGGGCUCUGUCUGAUGCCAAUCUCCCUUGCCUCGGUCAUCUCCUCCACGACCUCAUCGUCACUCCGCUCGAGCAUCCACCCUAUCAGACCCCUACCUGAAGGUGGUAGCCCUGCAUCACCUCAUCUGGUGAACGGUACGGCUGCUGAUGACUCCCUGACCAUCAAGAAUGGUGGUAGACAGUGAAAUCGGACGUCCAUUCUUUCCGGGCACUUCUCAAAGGAUUCAGUAUUCAGAAGGUUGUCUUCUAGGGGUGGGAUCGUUAGCUGCUGCUUCUUUCUCUUCUCCUUACUGUUUGUUCAUAAGAAAUGAUGUUUAAUCAUGUAAUCUUUUGUUACAUUUUCUUUUCUUAUGUGUAAUAGCUUUCCUAAUAUAUGUUUCUCCUUUUGGGGUCAUGAUCGAGCUUCUAUCUAAACUCUAGCCUUAGCUUGAUUAUAUCAAACUUGUCUGGGAACUGUCGUUCCCUUGUUGGAUAGAAGUAAAGAGGAAUCAAAAUUAUUGGUCCAAGGGGGGCCUGAUCAUAUUCUAAGUUGAAAAUAUCAAA